GAAAACGAACCAAGGCGAGGUGGCACUCUGUUCUUAGCAGGUUUCAGACAGCCGCCAUACGUCUGAAGCUCCGCGGGUCUUCUCUAGUGGACUGUUCGUGCUUCUGAAAACUAGGGUUCUACGGUUUCUCUGCAUUCGAUUGAUUCAGUCUCUCUCGCAAGAUACCUUAGUUGGAUUCAAAUUUGAUUACCAAAUGGGACUGUGGGAGACCUUCCUCAAUUGGCUCCGGAGUAAGUUUUUCAAACAGGAAAUGGAGCUUUCCCUUAUUGGACUUCAAAAUGCGGGGAAAACAUCUCUUGUUAAUGCUAUUUCUAUGGGAGGCUAUACUGAGGACAUGAUUCCAACUGUUGGAUUCAAUAUGCGAAAGGUCACAAAGGGAAAUGUAACCAUUAAGCUUUGGGAUCUUGGUGGGCAAAGGAGGUUUCGCACCAUGUGGGAGCGAUAUUGUCGUGGUGUCUCUGCAAUUCUGUAUGUAGUUGAUGCUGCUGAUAGAGACAGUGUUCCUAUAGCUCGAAGUGAAUUGCAUGACCUGCUCAUGAAACCAUCCUUAAGUGAGAUUCCACUGUUGGUUCUUGGUAACAAGAUUGAUAAGUCUGAAGCUCUUUCCAAGCAAGCAUUGGUAGAUCAACUGGGGCUGGAGUCCAUCACAGACAGGGAGGUCUGCUCCUACAUGAUCUCAUGUAAAGAUUCUAUAAACAUAGACGCCGUCAUCGAUUGGCUUAUCAAACACUCAAAGACUGUUAAAUGAUUCCAUGCCGAAGCUUUCAUCCAGCUUGUACAAGAUUUUUUUUUUUUUCUGUACCUAUUGAGAUCAAUCUUAAGAGAAUGAAGGUUGAAAUCCAUGCGUGUUGAUGAAAAACUUCCUCUGGCAAAAGCUGCUCUUCCCAAAAUUAGUGCUGUGCAUACUCUCCUUAGAGAAAGUGCCUUGUACAUGACGGAAUGAUUAUUAUAAAUUCUGUGUAUGGUUUUUUCUUGACAUUUUAUCUGAAGCUUUUUAUUGGAUUUUUGGA